GUGAUUGGUUUGAAAGAAAGAGAGAAAGAAAUAUACAAAGAAAGAAAGGGCUAUAAAUAGGGAGAGAUAGAAGUAGAAGAAAGUAUAUAGUGAAGUUUCAUUUCUUUGGGAUUACAAAUUUUUCCAAAACCUGAAACUUCAAAACCAUCACCCAGAGUUGAUCAAGAAAUGGGGAGAGGAAAGAUUGAGAUAAAAAGAAUUGAAAAUACAACAAAUAGGCAAGUGACUUUCUGCAAGAGAAGAAACGGGCUUCUGAAAAAAGCUUAUGAAUUAUCAGUUUUGUGUGAUGCUGAAGUUGCUCUCAUUGUCUUCUCCAGCCGUGGAAGACUCUAUGAAUAUUCAAACAAUAACAUUAGGUCAACAAUUGAUAGGUACAAGAAAGCAUGUUCAGAUCAUUCAAGCACCACAACUACCACUGAAAUUAAUGCUCAGUAUUAUCAGCAAGAAUCUGCGAAACUUCGACAACAGAUACAGAUGCUGCAAAAUUCUAACAGGCAUUUGAUGGGGGAUGCUUUAAGCACAUUGACUGUGAAAGAGCUUAAGCAGCUAGAGAACAGGCUUGAAAGAGGAAUCACUAGGAUUAGAUCUAAGAAACAUGAGAUGCUACUGGCAGAAAUUGAAUACUUUCAGAAAAGGGAGAUUGAGCUGGAAAAUGAAAAUCUUUGUCUUCGGACUAAGCAAAUGCAGAUAAGUGAUGUUGAAAGGCUUCCUCCUCAAGUAAACAUGGUUUCUGGACAAGAACUGAAUGCAAUUCAAGCAUUAGCAUCUCGUAAUUUCUUCAAUCCAAAUAUGAUGGAAGAUGGAACUUCCUACAAUCAAUCAUCAGAUAAGAAGAUUCUUCAUCUUGGGUGAUUAUGGCAUUGGCUUUGGGCUAAAUUAAUGUAUUAUUAAUUACUACUAUUUUUAUUUAUGUUAUUUGGCUAAGUGACCAAUCAAGUUCUAAUUUACUUUUUCUUCAAUAUUUAUUAUGGAUAUGAAUUCUUUUUGUGAGAGUAUAUUAUGGAUUUUAUGCAUGUGGUGAUUGUGUGAUAUAUAAUAUGACAAUGUAUGUUGUUGGAAUAAAUAAUGAAUCACUCUUUGACAAAA